AUGUCGAGGAGAAGGUUAUUUUACAUUAGAAUUCAUAUUGUCGGAGGUGUGGGUGAAUCUUCUGUGCUGAUACCCUCAGAUUGUUGUGUCAGACUCUCGAUUUCCACAUCCCCUCCGACCCUGAACCCCCUCCAUCCACAUCAUGCCAACUUCCAACUUCUCCUGACCAAUCCAGACUCUGACAGCCUCACACAGCAGAGCCUGUCCGACGGAGAGGAGCAGCUCGACCGCCUGCAGCAGGCCGAGCUCACGCGAACCACAUGCAUGUCACUGUGGAGAGCGGCGGCGGUCCAGGCCUGGAUGGAGGUUGUCAUGGGAAUGCCCAUGUACAUGAGAGCUUGCUCUGAAAAUGUCAAAAGUGGCAAGGUGCUGCUAGGAUUGACAGAUGAUGAUUUAGAGUUGGGUCUGGGCAUCAACAACCCAAUUCAUCGCAGGAAGCUAAGACUGGCCAUAGAGGAUUACAGAAGAGCGGAAGGGGAUCAAGGACUUUCAAAAGUGUCGGACAUGGACCAUCACUGGGUCGCCACGUCAUGGCUGAAUGACGUGGGUCUGCCUCAGUACGCCCAGACUUUCCAGAGUCACUUGGUGGACGGACGAGUGCUGAACUCUCUGAGCCGCAGAGACCUGGAGAGAUUCCUCAACAUCAGCGACCAGUUUCACCAGACAAGUCUACUUCUGGCGACGCAGCUGCUUCAGAUACUCGGUUUUGAUAAAGAGGCCCUGCAGGCACGGCGUGCAAAAUGUGAGCACCAAGACCGAGACCCCAUUGUUUGGACAUGUCACCGAGUAAUGAAGUGGAUCAGAGACAUAGACCUCAAGGAGUUUGCGGACAAUCUACAGGGUAAAGGGAUCCAUGGAGCUGUGCUGGCUCUGGAUUUGUCCUUUGACACCGACGCCAUGGUCAAAGCGCUGGGGAUCCCCAGCAACAAACACAUGCUGCAUCGUCACCUGUAUGAAGAGAUGAGAUCACUCGCGCUCCCUCUCGGCAGUGCAGAGCAGGGCAAAGACGCCAUUGGUUCAUCUUCGCCUGUGGCUGUGAAUCGCUUUGCUGAGGAGAGAGUGUCCUUGAGGAGAACAAACAGGACUCUGCUGAGGUUACAUGCAAACAGCCACUCUGUGGAGAGAAGCGUGGGCUUUCACGGCAGCUGCAGCUCUCUGCCCAGAGAGGCAACAAGAGUUCAGGCUGCUCCUCAGGCCAAAGGAAGCCCGGUGCAUACCUACACCAGUGUGGAAAUCACCAACGUCUGAAGCAGCCGCUGAGAUCUUCACGAUUGUUUACAGUGUUAUUGUUUUAUAGCUGUGUU